AUGGCUGCUAUCAACAAGAUCGCCGCCAACUCUCCAUCGAGACAGAGCCCCUCCGAAUUGGAGACUUCGCUCGCCAGUGCUCUGUACGACCUCGAGAGCAACACCCAGGACUUGAAGGCCUCUCUGCGCCCUCUGCAGUUCGUUUCUGCUCGCGAGAUCGAGGUUGGUCACGACAAGAAGGCUAUUGCCAUCUUCGUCCCUGUUCCCCUUCUCCAGGGUUUCCACAAGAUCCAGCAACGUCUCACCCGUGAGCUUGAGAAGAAGUUCUCUGACCGCCAUGUCAUCAUCAUCGCUUCUCGCCGCAUCCUUCCUCGCCCCAAGCGUUCUGCUCGCUCUCGCAACACCCUCACCCAAAAGCGUCCUCGUUCCCGUACUCUGACUGCUGUCCACGACGCCAUCUUGUCCGACAUUGUCUACCCCGUUGAGAUCGUCGGCAAGCGUGUCCGCACCAAGGAGGAUGGCAGCAAGACGAUCAAGAUCAUCCUUGACGAGAAGGAGCGUGGUGGUGUUGACCACCGUCUUGAUGCCUACGGCGCAGUCUACCGACGAUUGACAGGCCGUAACGUUGUUUUCGAGUUCCCUCAGAGCAGUGCCGUCGAAUACUAG